UGUCAAAAACACGUUGUUUUGCUUUUGGGUUGUAAUUUCGUUUCGCAUCUAAAAAUUUAAAAUAAACAUUGUUUUCUAUGUUGGAAGAUUAACACUGGAUAGCACAAUGGAAGCCGAAACAUUAAAGAAAAAUAAAAAAUCUAUCAGCAAGGGAAAGAUCAAGAAAAGUAUGAAAAAUAUUUUAUGUAGACCCGAUCCAGUGUUUUGGCCAGCAUUAUCUGAAGAUCAUUGUUCUCAACUCGAGAAUGUAAUAAGACAAUAUAAAGUUGAAAUUCCUGAGUUCAAGAAGCCACACUGGUCUGAAAUUAAAGAAAUUCCCAAAGAACAUCGUCCUAAGGCGCCUACAUUAAAUAAAGUUGAAGGACUUCUAUUUGGUAUAUCAAAAUGUGCAAGAUCAAUAGAAAGCGAUGACUGUGAGGGUAUAAUUAUUGAUGCUGAUGUGAACCCAAGGAUUUUAGUUCACCAUAUUGUAGAAGGAUGUGUCAGCUCGAAAAUACCAGUUGUUUGUUUGAAAGAACUGAAGAAAAUCAGCACUGAAAACUUUGGUUUUCCAACAUGUUGCCUUGGAUUAAAAAAAGAUGUUGGAACUGUAUCAAAGCUAAAGGACAAGGUGAAUGAACUUUCUCAUCGCUAUAAAGUGCCACAGAAAGUGGAAACUAACCAGGAACCAGCAAUGGAUGUUGAUGAUGAAACAUCAGUAGCUCAGUUAGAAACCAAGGCCACCCCAUUUACUUACUUGUACAGGACAUCCAAGAAAACUAGAGUGUUUAACCCAUCUGCAGUCAGCAAUCCAUUAACAAAGAGAACUGGAUUUGUUGGACAAGACUUUAUUGAAUUUUCUCAUUUAUCUGAAAAGAAGCAGAGUUCAAAGUCUUACAUGAAUAUGAUUGUUAAAAAAUUUACUAAUAAUCCAAAUAGAAUUAAGAAAAAAUAAAAUACUGAUAAUUUAA